AUGAAACAGAACAAGCUGUGUCGGCGCUUCUACGUAGGACCUUACCGCGUCUGCCCGAUCGCAAAGAUCUUCAUGCAGAAGCCCAGCGGCUCCAUCGUCACCUACAGGGUACAAAUCAGUAAACCAUCGAAAGUCAGUGAUGUUGAUGAAGAUGAGUUUGAUGAAAGCGAUGAGGAAGAGUCUGCAACCAAAAGCUGUGAUGUGGACAUGGAUGCAGAGGAGGAGGAAGGUGAAAAUGAAGAGUCAGCGAUGCCGUUUGGAGUCACACCCUUUUUGAGUGGAGUGCUGCCUGCCGGCAGACUGAGAGCCAGGACCAAACCUGCUGGCUGCCAGGCGUACGGACUCAUACAGGUAAAUGGCAAAUCGUACAAUCAGGCCCGACUGUUGCUGGGGAACAUGGGAUCUCUACAUCCAGCCAACCGUCUUGCAGCAUUCGUCACAGGCCGACUGCAUCCUCCCGGCGGCGUUUCACUGAAGAACUCUCAGAAAUUAAACCCUACAAACCAAAUCACCACUCCUCGUGCUCUGCGCAUAAAGGCCGCUGGCACAGUCGUCCCUCCAGUUAUUACUGCACGGAAAACCACGGAUCUGAGGACAUUAACACAACCGUCAGCUCAGACGUUCCAGCUGGGGAUCCAAAGGGAUCCAAAGGUAUCCAUCAACAUGCCACAGCGUUCACAAAACUCCGCCCUCAACCCGUUCCUCUCGGGCCCUCGCAGCUCGGUCAUUCCCCUGCAGAACACCUCCAAGUCCUUGCCUGUCUCCACGUCCUCGCCUGUCUCUCUCACCGUGUCCCAGUCGCUGAAAACCCCCAGCUUCUUGGCACAGAGAGGGACCUAUUCAUUCAGGAUCUGCCCUCCAGCUAACCAGGGCACCGGAGGCCAGAACCUGCCAGGAGUUAUCCUGCCCGGGGGCUUCACCCUCAUCCAGCUCCCCAGGCCUGGAGCUGAUGGAGCCGCAUCAGAAUCUGAGAACGCCACAAACACGGCUGCUGCGGAUAAAGCCCAGACACAAAAAGAUGCGUUUUUUUAA